ACCGCGGGCGCCACCAUGCAGCACCGGGGCCCGCGCCUGUGGCUGGUGCUGCAGGUGAUGAUGGGUUCGUGCGCAGCCAUCAGUUCCAUGGACUUGGAGCGCCCUGGAGAUGGCAAGUGCCAGCCGGUGGAGAUUCCCAUGUGCAAGGACAUCGGCUACAACACCACCCGCAUGCCAAACCUGAUGGGCCACGAGAACCAGCGCGAGGCGGCCAUCCAACUGCACGAGUUUGCGCCGCUCGUGGAGUACGGCUGCCACGGCCACCUCCGCUUCUUCCUGUGCUCUCUGUACGCGCCCAUGUGCACUGAGCAGGUCUCCACGCCCAUCCCCGCUUGCCGGGUCAUGUGCGAGCAGGCCCGGCUCAAGUGCUCGCCGAUCAUGGAGCAGUUCAAAUUCAAGUGGCCGGACUCCCUGGACUGCAGCAAGCUCCCCAACAAGAAUGACCCCAACUACCUGUGCAUGGAGGCACCCAACAACGGCUCCGACGAGCCGAGCCGGGGCUCUGGCAUGUUCCCUCCGCUCUUCAGGCCCCAGAGGCCCCACAGCGCGCAGGAGCACCCGCUAAAGGAUGGGGGUCCCGGGCGCGCAGGCUGUGACAACCCGGGCAAGUUCCACCACGUGGAGAAAAGCGAGUCCUGCGCGCCUCUCUGCACUCCGGGGGUGGAUGUGUACUGGAGCCGCGACGACAAGCGCUUCGCUGUGAUCUGGCUGGCCAUCUGGUCGGUGCUGUGCUUCUUCUCCAGCGCCUUCACGGUGCUCACCUUUCUCAUUGACCCAUCGCGCUUCAAAUACCCGGAACGUCCCAUCAUCUUCCUCUCCAUGUGCUACUGCGUCUAUUCGGUGGGCUAUAUCAUCCGCCUCUUCGCUGGCGCUGAGAGCAUUGCCUGCGACAGAGACAGUGGACAGCUGUAUGUUAUCCAGGAGGGUUUGGAGAGCACCGGCUGUACCUUAGUCUUCUUGGUACUUUACUACUUCGGCAUGGCCAGCUCUUUAUGGUGGGUGGUUCUCACCCUCACUUGGUUCCUGGCAGCUGGCAAGAAGUGGGGCCACGAGGCUAUUGAAGCCAACAGCAGUUACUUUCACCUGGCAGCCUGGGCCAUCCCGGCUGUGAAGACCAUCUUGAUCCUGGUGAUGCGCAGGGUGGCAGGAGAUGAGCUCACCGGGGUGUGUUACGUGGGCAGCAUGGAUGUCAAUGCCCUGACCGGCUUUGUGCUCGUCCCGCUGGCUUGCUACCUGGUCAUCGGCACUUCCUUCAUCCUGUCCGGCUUUGUGGCUCUAUUCCACAUCCGGAGGGUGAUGAAAACGGGUGGGGAAAACACGGACAAGCUGGAGAAGCUCAUGGUGCGCAUCGGGGUCUUCUCCCUCCUCUACACUGUGCCGGCCACCUGUGUGAUUGCCUGCUACUUUUAUGAACGCCUGAACAUGGACUACUGGAAGAUGCUGGCCACGCAGCACAAGUGUAAGAUGAACAAUCAGACCAAGACACCCGACUGUCUGAUGACCACCUCCAUCCCUGCCGUGGAGGUCUUCAUGGUCAAAGUGUCCAUGCUUCUGGUGGUGGGCAUCACCAGUGGGGUGUGGGUCUGGACUUCCAAGACCCUGCAGUCUUGGCAACAGGUGUGCAGCCGGGGGCUAAAGAGAAAGAGCCGGAGGAAACCAGCCAGUGUGGUCACCACUGCAGGGAUCUACAAAAAAGCUCAGCACCCUCAAAAACCUCACCUGGGGAAGUAUGAGCUUCCUGCCCAGCCUUCAGCUUGCGUGUGAAGGUGACUGGCAGGGAGAUCAGGACAGACAGUGCCCAACUGGGCUGCUCCUCUUGGUUGG